AUGGUCGGUCUGAAUGUGGAGACCAACUUCUCCCUCAUAGGCCAGGGAGCUCAGACAGACCUACCCAAACAGCCCCCCCCCAUUAUCAGCUAUCACUCCCCUAACUCACGUGUUGAGGACACCGAACCUCCUAAUGACCGGUACCCCACCAAUACCAGGGAUGCCUCCCAGUCCCAAUAUACCUCGGACCUUGUGAGGUACUUCACCUGGCAGGAACUCAUUACCACUGGACUGCCACCUUUUAACGAUAGACCUGAGGACUACAGAGUGUGGAAGCGGUCUUUCCAGAAUGCCAUCAGACACCUCGGCCUUGCAUACAGAGAGGAAAUGGACCUCCUCGUAAAACGGCUUGAUCUCCUCGACUUCGUCUCCCACAAUGGGAAACUGGCAGAGAGACGACUUUCUUCACUGAGACGUAGACUCGAUAAGAAACCAGAGAUGCAGAGACACUUCCUUUCAUUCAUGGAAGGACUAUUUGAGAAUGGUCAUGCUGAAGCGGCCCCUCCACUCAGAAAGGAAGAAGAAUGCUGGGUCUUCACCAGUUUUCGUAAAGAAAUCGUCGCCAUCACUGCAGACAUCAAACAGAUGUUCCACUGUUUCUCAGUGAAAGAGGAACACAGAAACUUCCUGAGAUUCCUCUGGUAUCGCGACAAUGACCCAACCAAAGGAAUUGCUGAAUACUCAAUGAAAGUUCACGUUUUCGUCAACAGUCCAUCUCCAGCCGUGGCUAUCUAUUGCCUCAGACAAGCAGUCAGAAAGGGCCAGCCUAACUACAAUCCGGCAGUCGAGGAGUUAGUCAACCAGAAUUUCUACAUCGAUGAUUGUCUGAAAUCACUCCCUACCAUCGAAGCUACAGUCUCCUUGCUCCAAAGAACACGAGAUAUCCUUGCCAGAUCCAACUUAAGGCUACACAAAAUAGCCUCCAACAAAGGAGUUAUGACCACAAUCCCACCCCAGGACCAUGCGAACAACCUUAUGAAUCUGGAUUUGAGCAAGGACGAACUACCAAUACAGCGCAGUCUUGGCCUGGAGUGGCACCUUAAGACCAACACCUUUACGUUCAAGCUGUGCAAGAGGAAAUCUAUACUGAAGAACUCAAGUAUAGCAAACAAAGAAGAGCUUCCAAAAGGCAGUACACUCAAGGGCCUCAAUCCGUUCAUUGAUAGUCACAGCUUACUGAGGAUCGGGGGCCAUGCCGGCAAAGCUGAGAUCGAGACCAGGAAGAAACACCCUAUCGUCAUCCCUGGAAAACACCAUAUUGGAUCAUUGGCCACUACCAUGGACAAACCAGACAUCAGGGACGCCUGUUCACUGAGGGAGCUAUCUGUGCUGCAGGAUUUUGGAUGGUUGGCAGGAAGAGGUGCGUGA